CUGGAAUGCGUCAUGAGACUGAUCAGAUGUAAGUGAGAGAGGCUCAGUGUCCCAAUGCCAUGGCCUGUCUGAUGGCCGCUUGGUCUGUCCACAACCCGAGCAUCACCAAUGCCAUCAUCAUGAACACUAAUGGGCCUCCUGACCUGAUGUUGGAUGCACAGUCGGUGUGUGUUUAUAUGGACGAGGUGGUCAACAGGAGGGUGGCUGGCAGGCAGCAGACACCGAUGGCUCAGGGACACCUGAAGAAGAUGGACAACAACCUGAUGGAGGCCCAGAGGUUCUCCUCAUUACCACGAAGACCAGCAGUCAACAUCGAGUUCAAUGAUGUGUCAUACUCCGUUAAAGAGGGACCCUGGUGGAGGAAGAAAGGUUACAAGACUCUGCUCAAAGGGAUUUCUGGGAAAUUCACCUGUGGGGACCUGGUGGCCAUCAUGGGGCCUUCAGGAGCCGGGAAGUCCACACUCAUGAAUAUCCUGGCUGGGUACAGGCAGACAGGAAUGAAGGGGGAGGUUCUGAUCAAUGGUCAACCCAGAGACCUGCGCUCCUUCCGUAAGGUUUCCUGUUACAUCAUGCAGCAUGACAUACUGCUACCUCACCUUACUGUCCAUGAGUCCAUGAUGGUGUCUGCUAACUUGAAGCUACAGAAGAAGGUGGAGACUGGCAGAGUGAUGGUCCGGGAGAUCCUGAUGGCUUUGGGUUUGCUGGACUGUGCUGAAACAAGGACGUCUCACCUGUCAGGGGGUCAGAGGAAAAGACUGGCCAUCGCUCUGGAGCUCGUCAAUAAUCCACCAGUCAUGUUCUUUGAUGAGCCGACAAGUGGCUUGGACAGCUCGUCCUGUUUCCAGGUGGUGUCUCAGCUCAAAGCUCUCGCUCAGGGAGGAAGAACCAUCAUUUGCACAAUCCACCAGCCAAGCGCCAAACUGUUUGAGCUCUUUGACAAGCUCUAUGUUCUCAGUCAGGGUCAGUGUAUCUACAGAGGGAAGGUCUCUGGCCUUGUGUCCUACCUCAAAGAACUUGGACUUAACUGUCCCACGUACCACAACCCCGCUGACUACGUGAUGGAGGUGGCGUCCGGAGAGUAUGGGGAUCAGAUGGUGCGAAUGGUGAAGGCCGUUCAUGACCGAAAGUGUGACAUGGAUCAUCAGACUGAGCUAAACGGAGACGCAAACCUGCACCCGUUUCUUUGGCAGAGCACUAAGGAGGAGUCAGCGCCCUCUGACGGUUGCCAUAGCUUCUCUGUGACCUGUAUGACCCAGUUCUCCAUCCUGUUCAGGAGAACCUUGCUCAGCAUUCUUCGAGACUCGCAGGUGCUGACUCACCUGAGGAUCUUGUCUCACAUUGGGAUCGGCAUUCUGAUUGGUCUGUUGUACUUGGGCAUUGGGAAUGAGGCCAAGAAGGUUCUGAGCAACUCAGGCUUCCUCUUCUUCUCCAUGUUGUUCCUAAUGUUUGCCGCUCUGAUGCCCACAGUGCUCACAUUUCCCUUGGAAAUGGGAGUUUUUCUGAGGGAACAUCUGAACUACUGGUACAGUCUGAAGAUAUACUACCUUGCUAAAACCAUGGCGGACGUCCCUUUCCAGGUGGUAUUCCCGGUGGUGUAUUGCAGUAUUGUGUACUGGAUGACAGCUCAGCCUCCUGAUGCCAGCCGCUUCUUUCUCUUUUUGUCUCUGGGCAUACUGACAUCUUUGGUAGCUCAGAGUCUGGGUCUACUCAUUGGAGCCGCCUCCACCUCAUUGCAGGUAGCGACGUUUGUCGGCCCUGUCACUGCAAUACCAGUCCUGCUGUUCUCCGGAUUCUUUGUCAGUUUUGACACCAUCCCCUGGUACCUGCAAUGGAUAUCAUACAUAUCCUACGUCAGGUUCGGCUUUGAGGGUGUCAUCUUGUCCAUCUACAGUCUGGAUCGAGAGGAUCUUCACUGUGAUGAACACGAGACAUGUCACUUCCAGAAAUCUGAGGCAAUCCUAAAGGAGCUGGACAUGCUGGAUGCCAAACUCUACCUGGACUUCAUUGUCCUUGCCAUAUUCUUCUUCUCUCUGAGGCUCAUUGCAUACUUUGUCCUACGGUACAAGAUCAGCGCUGAGAGGUAGGCCAGGACUGGGCCCACAGGACAUCUGAGUGAUUUGUAGGCCAAUGUUAGCGUGUUGAAUGGAAUCUGUCCACAUGUGAACACUGAAUCUACUUUGGCUAGAGCAAACAAAAUGAGAAUGUGAGGAGUAGAGCAGCAGAGUCUGGUUCAUUCAAUCUGACUGGUCAUCAAGAUCCUCAGGUUAAAGAUUAGGUCCUACAUGACCAGGAGCUGGUCUCCAGAGUCCUGAAGGAUAGGAGGACCAGAAUGAUCUUAUGUCCAGAUCUUGGUCAGACCCUGUCUCACAUCAGAGACAAUGUUGAUGUUGGGGUCACUGUAUCUCACCCGGUUUCCUUUUUUUUUUUUUACUCUCAGAUCAAAUGACAAACCAUUUUUUCUGUUGUGACCAGUGGCUUCACAAGGUCCUCCUUUUUUUACCGGGUGGUUUUGCUGAAAAGAGAACAGGACAGAGUCAGUUGGUGCAAUUUGUUUAAUGUUUAAUACGCCAGGUGAUGCACGGAUUACCUGUUACGGUGCCUAUCAAAUGCCUCUUUGUGUCAGAAAGGCUGCAGGAGGUUAGGUGAGGUCAAACUGAGAGUAAACUGCAACACUGACUUGUUUUCAGAUUAUUUUUUGUUUUAUGAAAAGAUGUUUGUUUAAAAUCACUCCUUGUCAAUAAACAUAAUUAAUUCAAA